AUGAGCUGCUGGGUGCCUGGGUGCCCCCCUCUCGCCAUGUGCCGGGGUUUAGCCGCGCUCCCCGUCACCUGUCUGGAAAGAGCCAAGGGUCUGAAGACCCGCUUGGGGAUCCUGCUUCACACACCAGAGCUGAGACACAGGAUCGGGACCCCCAGCAAACUGCAGCUGGGCUCCAGGUGGAGAGACUCCUCACGGGAGGCACUUGAGUGGAGAGAGUCCUUCGACCAGCUCCUGAAGAGUAAAAGUGGGGUGACUGCCUUCCACACCUUCCUGAAGACAGAGUUCAGUGAGGAGAACCUUGACUUCUGGCUGGCAUGUGAGGACUUCAAAAAGACCAGAUCAAAAACCAAGCUGGCAUCCAAGGCCAACAGGAUCUUCGAGGAGUUUGUCCAAAACGAGGCGCCCAGGGAGGUGAAUAUCGACCAUGAAACCAGGGAGAUCACCCGGAAGAACCUCACGGGUGCCACCUCGGCUUGCUUCAACGAAGCCCAAGCCAAGACCCGCACGCUGAUGGAGAAGGAUUCCUACCCCCGCUUCCUCAAGUCUGCCUCCUACCAGGACAUGGCCAAGCAGGCCACCAGCCGUGGCAUCAGCAAGAGGUCACAUACCUGACCCCAGCCUGAAGUCACCACAGGGGGAUCACCCAGGG